GUUGCGAUACUAUUUUAGCAUUAAUAUUUUUCAAAAUGCCUAAAUAUUCAACGGCGUGGUUAUACACAAGUUCAAAAUGCGCACAGUUCAAGACAAGGGUGAGGAUUUGAUAUGCCUGCCUUCAUUUAUGUUCAGCAACUAAUUUGACCUGUUGCAGAUCAUUUCAAUGCAUUUGCGCACACUUUACGCACACUGGUCAAUAUACCUACAUAAACGUGUACUAUUUCUGUAGGCUUAUUAUAAAAUACAGAACUGUUUUUGUUUCAAUUACAGUCUUGGCAUUUUCAGUUUGUUUAUGUAAUUAAUAGGCAAGUGAAAAUGUACAUUCAUCAACAAUACAUAUGUUACCCGUCAGGUUUAUAAGUGCUCCCUAUAUGGUUGGAAGACAGACGAUCCGCAUGGAUAGUGGAAAUGGCCCAGUGACAGUUAUGGAUGAGAGUCCCACAUCUAGCCCCAGCUCCAGCCCCAGUCCUGACAUGCUGACCACCGACAGUCGACGUCCGGAGGCCCUGCAGCACUCCAGGGUGGUCCAGGCCGGUGGGCUCGGUGGCAGAGGGCGACCGGCAGCAGCCAACGCAGCACGGGAGAGGAGUCGAGUGCAGACCCUGAGAAGCGCAUUCCUGGAGCUACAGAGGACUCUUCCGUCGGUGCCACCGGACACAAAACUGUCCAAGCUCGACGUGUUGAUUUUGGCCACCACGUAUAUUGCCCAUCUGACUCGGACCUUGCAAGAGGAGGGGAUGGAGGAGGGAGAGAGCAAUAGACAAACAGAGGCCUUACACUCGCUGAAAGGUGAAGGUUACCUGCACCCUGUGAAAUUUUAA